AGCGGGGAAUUCCAAGAGAGGGGCUUUCCCGAGCAGGGACCGAGUAGCAACAGAGUCGUGGGGAAGCUUGUCAGGGCACGCAAAAAUAGGAUGCUGUGAUUGGUAGCCUCGCUUUGAGGUGAUGAUGACAUCAUGCAUCAAAACAGAUUCCAAUACUUAUAUUCACACAUGUACAGCAGGCGCGAAAACGUGUAGACUUCAGCUUUGAAGCAAUAGUGAGAUAAAUACAAGAGACAGCGUGACGAUUUCAAAUGGAAUAUGGAUUUUAAUAACCAAGACGAGAUGGAUGAGGAUCCUACCUUUCCUGUGCCGGGGAGUAAUGGGAGGAAGAGACACCAUAGUGCGGGUUUUGGGCCGUUUAGUACCAGUACCCCUCGUUCUCAAAAAAGGGACAGUGGAUAUCUAACGGACACUUCACCAGCUUCGUAUUCUGGUCAUCAACAGUUUACGUUUGAAGUCGCCACGAGAGGACGAUUACAACAAGGGGGUUUACGUGGCGCGGUUGGGGGAUCUGAGUCGGACACAGCAGAGGGCUGUUCCCCAUUCGAUCCAAUUCUUUUAGAGAACGAAGACGAAGACAAUGACUCAGCUUUUCGCGAUAGCCCGUUUUCACCUGGCCCGGAGGAAUCGGAAUUACCCGAGGAAGACAGUUCAUCUGUGCAAAUAUAUAGACAUCGUUCCGAAGCUUUCAGACAUGUCGACCCAGCCCCACCCGUCCACGGGAGGGUAGUGCCGUUUUCAAUGCCUAUCCCUAUGAGAGUGCCUGGGUCUCACGGAAGGAAUGUCGGAACCCAGACUCCUCACGAACAUUGUCGUCUGCUCAUUCAGUAUCUGGAAACACCCUUACCCUUGACAGCCCAAGGUCCAGUUCACAGGCGACAGCGGUACUAUUCAGAGGGGGAGGACCCCCAGGAGGCUGAAUCUGACAACGCCCCACUGCCAGACAUUGUCCCCACCCCCCGGGAUCGCUCUGUGUCCCUCCCAGACGUCCAAGCCCUCAGACAACAGCGUGAAAUUGAAAUGGGGAGAGAACUCCGCCGCAUAAGUGACGAGUUCAACUCCACCCACGGAUCGAGGAGGCGAUUGUAUCCGGUUGCUGAGAAUUUUGAAGGCGAGGCUGCCUCUUUCCCGGGAGCAAGGCCGGCGUACAUGACCGUAUGGACGAGUUUACGGAGCCUCUUCUUCGGAUCCAUGGAAGCAAGGACAGACACGGAAGAUCCGUCCGGGCCCAGUUGAGGUCGGAGCAUUCUGGUUUAAAACCGGAAUUGUCCGGUUCUUUGUGAAAGGGGUGCUAUGCAAUGACUAUUGAAAUGGACUAUUUUUGUAUGGAACUUUUUUGACGAUUUACAAUGGAGGACCUUUCGCGGUUUCCCGAGGCGCUGUCACUGAUCUCAUACACCGGAAGUGUGCCCUUACGUCAUCACCGGAAAUGGGUACCAUGUGACUCCGCCAUUGAUGUACAUAGCGCCGAAAGUGUUCGAUUCAUUACCAUCGUUACCAUUUUGUUGUUGAAUACGUUUGGACUUUGAAAAUACAUAGUUUGGCAGUUUGAUGCGCGCAGGACUCGGCAUGUUCACGACACAAGUUUUGUAUUUUUGGACACAUGUUAAUGAUUUUGUUUUGAUUUAGACAUAUAUUUCUCAUUUCAUGGCCAUUGACCGUUGCGGGCAUUAAGAAACUAGAAGCAUUAUAUUCAUGUUCAUGUAGAUUUUUUAUUCGGAAGUUUCCAAAUUGGUAAACUUUUCCGGCUUUCUACUAUAAACUCCCGGAAAUUGAUCAUACGAAAUCAUGUCAUCACCGAAUGAGUGCUAGAAAGAAAAAUAUAUUUUAAGAUUCUAGUCAAAAGGUAUGGCUUCCAAUGGUAUUACUGAUAAUUGACAGCAUAAUAUUGUUCACGUUUAGAGGACCAGCUAAUGAGUCGAUUCUUUCAAAACUCAUUGUCAUUGAGGUGUUCUUUGUGGAACAAGAGAAAGAUUUGGACAUAUUUGUUUGUGAUCGAUAACGUUAGAACGAGUUUCAUGUCAACUCCGGGAUAGAAUAGGUCUUCAGCAACCCAUGCUUACCAUUAAAGGCGACUAUGCUUGUCGUAAAAGGCGACUAAUGGGAUCGGGUGGUCAGGCUCGCUGACUUGGUUGAUGCUGGUCAUC